ACUCCCACGAUCAACCAUCUCUCUCUCUCUCUCUCUCUCACACACACACAAACACACAAACCCUCUCACUUAUCGUAUAACCCCCUCCAAAGCCGCUUAUCGAUGUGUUAUCCGGCCAAUAGUUCGAUACCCGAUAUCUCGGGAACCCGACAGCAGAUCCUGGCAAACUGCAAGAUCCUCUAUCCAGACAAGGAGGUCGUUAUUGCGAUUCGACGCGAGACGGACAGUUCAGAGGCGAUGGCAUUCGUCAUGGAUGCAGCGAAUCCGGCAUCCAUGUAUUGGGAAGAUUUUCUGGUCUCGGUCACGAUAUCGUCGAAGUAUGCGAUCGAACAUCUCCUAGCGUUGAUGCACCAGACCGAAGCCCUGCUCGAAGAUAAGUCCCGCCAGGAUCUCUGUAUUGCAAUCGGGAUCGAUCAGGAGGUCACCAGCGAAUACGACAGGCUCAUGGGGCUCGAUGAGGAGUUCGAGGGCGAAUACCCGCGGUACACGGAGGUGAUCGAAGACGACGAGGUGGAGGACGAAGUGUAUGCGCAGCUAAGGAAGCGCGCAGUAGCAAAGAUGCUGAAGAAGAAAUCAGAGCACAGAAAGCAGAUCCAAGAAGAGGCGAAGGAACUUAUUCAGAGGAAGGAAGACGAGUAUGCAAAUUAUCAACCAACCGAGACGACAUCCGACGAUAAUACCGCUCACUCCGACCAGAGUUCCCCACCGGCGAAUUCGGACGAAGGGACUUAUGGCGAGGAUGAGGCGGUGACACUUGCAGCGGCUACGGAAUCGGAGAACAUUACGGGCCCGCUGCAGCAUCCCCCAGACAACGGAUCGACUUCCGAGCAGCAACAGCUUACCACCCCCGAAGAGUUGCUGGUCUCUGCAGCCAUAGGGCCUUACGCUGCAAAGCUCCUAAGAGGGAUUGAGGUGAUCAAGAAGCUGAGGGCUGAAAAUUCAGAAUGCAGUGCCGAACGCAGCACGCUCAUGGCCGAGGUCGAGUCGCUGAAACGGGAUGCGACAGAACAGCAUACCCAGCACCAAGCCGUCGAGGCCGAGCUCAGCGAAUUGAAAGCUGCACUGCGAGAGCGCGAUAAUGGGGCCGAACAGGAGCGGGAACUGGAGUGCGAAUCUUGGGCCAGAGCAGUGUCUCAGCUGCAAACGAGGAAUGAUCGCCUCACGGAGGCAUUAAGCAGUGCCAACACACGGGCGUCGGUUGCGCGGGUUCGCCAGACGCAACUCGAAACCGAGUUGAUAUCGUGGCAACGUUAUUUCGAAACACGUUCUCUCCGAUUUGACAUCUCGGAGCCCGAGCGAGCGCAGUGUGCUUCUGCUGUUGAUACCAUCCAAAAAGUGCUGUGGCCCAAGAUCGAGGCUUUUCAGAGUUCCGCGAGCUCCUUCACCGACGGAGCACAUACACCCUCGACUGUGACGGAUUGGUUGUAAACAGGUGUGUCGGUCGCUCGCUGCAUCCUUCGUCUUCCCGUCCUGAGCUAACGAAUCUUGUGGCUGUGAUCCGAAAGCGUACAGAAGU